CAACUGAUAUCAGGUUGCAGCCUGCACCAGUAUGCGGAACAGUCCAUAGGAGAGUUUGUUGCUGUCUAGCUGUAACGAAAGUAGUUUCUACCAAAGCAGGUGUUGUGGUGCAAAUAAUUAAGGCUAGUAUUUCGUUUUAACCUUAAUUUUCGCAAGAAGAAGCCUUACUCAAAAAGACAGUGAUUUUAAGCUGCUGUGACUUAAAACCGCUACUACUGCUACCGUUAUUUUGAAUCAAUAUGGCGGCAAGUCUGUACAAAGAUCGGUUUCAAACUAGCGGUGACGAUGGGUGGGUUACUAGUAGGAAAUCUACUUCUGUGUCACGCCGCUCGAAAACGACAGAAUUCCCAUCAGGCCAGCGUCGAACGUAUGAAGUAGAAACCAAAACUACGACUGAUGGGGGAUUAACUUCAACGACAACUACGGAAAAACGCUCGUCUAUUGGGGAUAAUAAGUGGAUACGUGCGCCGGCGGCUAAAAUUGUCACAAGAAGCAAAACGGAGGCAAUUCCUUCUAUGAAAUUAUCAUCGGUUGAUUUUGGUGCAGAUACACGUAAACGUGGAGCGCAAGACGACUUAAAUAUGAGAGAGACAGCGACUUCGGGAGCACCAAACGUCCGACAGUCGCGUGUGCAUCAAAAAUUUACGAAGAUGUCAGAGCAAGCUUCGGCGCCCAUAUCAUUUGGAGCGACGUUUGAUGCUAAGAAAAUUGUGCGAGAGCAAAAAGAAGCUGCUGAAGUUCCCUCAUCCCAGCAAAUUGCCUCAGCUUCUGCUGUUCAACAGGAGCUACAGCAAUUUACACAAAAACACAUGCAACAAGACACGCAACAAGGUUUCGGAGCUUCCUAUGGUGCACCGGAUAAGCAAAAAUCCAGCAUGAAGGUUACACUGACCAGUGUGAAGACAACGGAUACGCCUGACCACCGCAUUCAGCAGGUGACAACAACCACGUCCACUGAUGGUCAAGUGACGCAGCAGCAGAGAGUUGCCAGGUAUGGCAAAAAGGUAAUGCCAGACAUACCACCACCUAGCAACGCUUUAGGAGGAGUUUCCUAUGGCGUUACUACGCAACAACAGGUACGUGCACAGCCUCCGCCACCACAGGCCCAGCCACAGGUAAUGUCAACCGAGACAAGUUUACCAUGGCAACAACGAACUCAACAAACCAGACAAAUCACCCAUGUCUCCGCCCCAGGACAGCAAGGCCAACCACCUCAGCCUCAACCAGUUACUCAACCACCAGCGCCACCAGCAGGCCAACCACCGUUGCCACCUUGGCAACAACAGCCACCACAACCAAGGAUUCAACCACCCAGACAGGCCCCCGUUUCUCAGCCACAGAUGACGGGCCAGCCGCCACUGCAACCUUGGCAACAGCAGCCAUCUCAGCCAUCUCAGCCAGUUGCCGGCCCCGGCAGAACUCGUGGAAAGGGCAGUGAUAUGGCCUGGAUCAGGGCACCUUCUCCGGAGGAAACUGUAUCACCAGCAACGUCCGCCUCUACAGCACAGGAAGAAGUGACAACAUCAGUCAAAGCUACAAGACAAGCGUUUGCAGCGUCGCCUCCAUCCGGACCAAUGUCGAUGGGAGCAACCUAUUCGGUUGAUAUGAUUAAACCAAAGAAGCCACGAGGGUAUAAACCACCUCAAUCUCCUGUUGCUGAGCCACGCCCAGCCCCUGAACUCGCCAUGACAUCUACUACAUCAACAUCUACCACUCCAAUGUCUUAUCAACAUCAGAGACAGGUUGAACACGAAGAGAGGUUAAAGCAACAAGAGGAGCAGGAGCAUCAAAUGCGUAUAGAACAGUUGCGACGACUGAGAAUGCAGCAACAGAAACCCCAGGCUCAGCGCCAAGAACAAGUUAUUACAUUGCAGCAAAAACAGCAAGUAAGUCAAGUUCAGCCCCGUCAACCACAACCACCAUCCCCACGACAAAUGCCACCGUCCCCAACAGGUCAAGCUCCCAUGAGUCCACCUGCCCAAUUACCACCAUGGCAACAGCCGGCAGGUCCACCCCCUAGAGCACCUAUGCCACCACCGCCACAUAUCCUUCCCCCACAUAUAAGAGGCCCAGUGCCACCUCAGCAGUGGCAGCAAGGUGCACCACUCCCACCUCCUCAGCAACCCCCUGCUGCUGCGCCACCGGGAGUGCCUCGUGGUUAUCGGCCUGUGAGGCCCCCUGUUCCGAUACCACCUGUUGGGCCAAGUCAACCAGGUCCUGAAGUGAGGCCUGCAGGUGGUGAUGCCAGGCCACCAUGGAUGCAAGGACAGGCAGCUCCUCCCCCACCAACAAUGAUGAAAGUUCAGCCGGCACCAGGACAACCUAGCAUCCCUCCCCAAGGUCCCCCAGGUGCGCCUACGCCAUUUAGACAGCAAGGUCCACCUCCUACUUCUCCACCGGCCCCUGUUUCACAACCAGCAAAGCCCACGCAACCCAGAGGACCCCCACCACCCCAACCCUCACCACAGCCUGCUCCUACACCAGUUAUCAGACAUGUGCCCGCACCUGCACCACCCGCGCCAGAAGCAGCUCAGAAACCAGCGAUGGUUGUACUUAAACCUGCCAUGAAGGCCACACCACAGCCACAACCUCAAACACAACCCAAACCAGAGCUGAAAAAAGUUGAACCACGAGGGAAACUUGGUGCAGCAAAGAACAUAUUUAGCGCAAAUGCAGAACAGGCUCCAGUCUUUUCUUUCGGAUCAUCUUAUUCGGCCUCUGACGUAAAAACUCAGAAGGCUGAUAGAAGUAGAUGGCAGCCAAAGACAAAACCUUUAUCUAAACCACAACCAGGACAAUCAUACGCUCCUGAGCCUGCCUCAACGUCGGCGCCUGCGCCUGCUACCAGACCUGCUGAACAACCUACUAGUAAACCACAACCCGCUCCGGAAGUUGCCCCAAAGCCAGCUCCAAAGCCAGCUCCCAAACCUGCUGCCAAACCAGCGCCUGCAUCACCCGUUAUCCCACAAGUUGCACUGAAACAGAAAAAAGAUGCAGGAUGGAUAAAACAAGCUCCUGUUACAGAGCAAGUGACAUUGAAGAAGACAUCAAGGGUUGAAAGAAAACAGGAAAAAGGCGGUCUAGAAACUGUUAGUCUCAAACCCCUGUCGCAAGACGAAAAAGAAUUAGGGUCAAUCAAAAAAGGAGUGAGUCGUGGUCUUGCAUCAAAAUUCCAAACGUCAGAAGCAACCCCUAUCUCUUUCGGUGCUACAUUCACCCCAGGCAGUUCCAGAAGUACCAGUAAACAAGAAUCUAAAAUAGUCCGAAGACAAGAGAAGACAACCUUUGAGGGUGGCCAAAUAAAGAAAGACAUCAAGGUAACAGAAACAAGCAGAACUGCAUCAGACGCUGGGGUGAAAGAAACAACUAGGACAACAACGACAACAAAGGUCCAGGCGUCCCCUUCGUCGGCCGUACAAGAGAGAUCUAAGACUGAAGUCCAAGUUAAGAGCUCUGCUGUUGGUUCCCGCACUCGUGAUCAACCAGUUGAGAUGGAGACAAUCACUGUUGGUACAGUCGAUCCUAUUGUUUUGGACGUAGAAGAAGCCAAGAAAUCUUCAUCAAAAGUUAUUCUAUCACCGUCGCCGAAGGUGUCGGUUGACAUUGCCCAUCCCCUUGAACAAGCCACUUCGACAAGGAAAAUCCUGAAGGUUACAACCCGCCAUGGAGAGUUAGAGGAAGCUCCAGCAACACCGACUACACCAAGUACUCCUAAAACUCCUCAAACGCCUCCUCUGACUCCUCAACAGCAGAAGAAAAAGCUUGAGAUGGAACAAAGAAGAGCGGCCCGUGCUGAAGCUAGGAGGAAAGCAGGGGGUGUCUCACAAGAAGUAAAGAUGGAGACUGUCCAGGUCCAGCAGGCACCCACUAUCCAAAGUAGUGGCCAGGAAGUAAAACAGGAGACCGUCCAGGUUCAAGAAUCAGUGUCUGCGCAGAAAAGCCAGGAAGUCAGACAGGAAGUAGUCAAAGUUCAGGAGGCACCUGCAGUUCAGUCACAGCAGCAAACUCAGCCACAGACGACAAGCUCUUCCAUGCAGGUGAUCCAAGAACAGGUGCAUAUAACACCAGCGGCGGAGGUAAGCACAGGUGGUGAAGUCAAAGUCCAUGGUGAAACGGUUCAGGUUCACCAGGAUCAGGUAAAAGUUAUGGGACAAGACACAGGGGGGUCGGCAGAUUUCCAGAUCCAGGUCGCUAAGGGCGGCGGGGAGGUAGCACAGUCCCAAUCGGGGCAGGCUGGUUUUGAGAUUAAGUUCCAAGGUGGUGACAGCAGUGGCAGCGGAGCAGGUGUGCAAGUGAUGUCGACAUCUGGCGGCGGGCAAAUGCACGUACACAGGGAAGUCACAACGACCGUAGAUGGCAAGUCGACAACUGCUGUGCAAGAUAAAUCGUUUGCAAUUGAGCCUGGUACCAUGGUAAUGGACCAAGGGGCACGAGCUAUAUCUGCAGAUGAAUUCUUCUCUGCUGGUAAAUCAGCGAUGGAUGAAUUCGCCCAAGCAGCUGCCUCAAAAGUCCAAAUUCAAGAACCGAAAUCAACUGUAGAACAAGUCCAGACCCGCCAGACCAUGUCGUCAUCUGGAGACGGUCAAAUGCACGUGCAUAGAGAAGUAACGACGACCGUAGAUGGCAAGUCAACAACAAGUGUGCAAGACAAAACCUUCGUGAUCGAACCUGGUACUGGGGUAAUGGACCAAGCAGCUGGUGAAGAUGUAGAGAGCCACCAGACUAUUGAAAUUGAAGAAAUUCCUGAAGAUGAAGAUAAAUCCUAUGAAACCAGUGAACAAAACGAAAGUUUCACGAUUUCGAUAUAGAUAAGCUCUUUCGGACUUCACCUGUUUUUUUUUU